AUGAGUUUCUUUGAAUCAUGUGGCUUUAAAUGCCCCGAAAGAAAAGGGAGCGCUGACUUCCUUCAAGAGGUCCUGUCAAAAAAAGAUCAGCAACAAUACUGGAGCCACACCGAAGAAGGAUAUAAUUUUGUUACAGUUGAUCAAUUCUGUGAUAAGUUUAAAGCAUCUCAAAGUGGUCAGAAUCUUGCUGCGGAGCUUUCGAAGCCGUAUGACGAAUCUAAAGGACAUAAGAAUGCGCUGUCCUUCAGUAUCUACUCAUUAUCCAAGUGGGAUCUACUCAAGGCAUGUUUUGCACGGGAGCUCCUUCUUAUGAAAAGGAAUGCCUUCAUCUACAUAUCAAAAUCCAUUCAGCUUGGAUUACUUGCUGUUAUUACUGGGACAGUAUUUCUGCGCACACGUAUGGGUGUUGACAGAAUUCAUGCUAACUAUUAUAUGGGUUCACUCUUCUAUGCACUCCUGCUGCUGAUGGUGAAUGGAUUCCCUGAGCUGGCCAUGGCAAUUAACAGACUGCCAGUCUUCUACAAACAGAGAGAUGACUACUUCUAUCCUGCAUGGGCUUAUGCAAUACCAUCUUUUAUCCUAAAGAUUCCAGUCUCUUUAGUUGAGUCAAUAGCUUGGACAACAAUAUCCUACUACCUGAUUGGCUAUACCCCGGAAGCAUCCAGGUUCUUCUGUCAACUCCUCGUCCUCUUCCUCAUCCACACAGUAACAUUAUCAAUGUUUCGAUGUGUGGCCUCAUACUGUCAAACAAUGGUGGCUGGUUCAGUCGGUGGUACAAUGGCAUUUCUAGCGACCCUUCUGUUUGGGGGUUUCAUAAUUCCUCGCUCAUUUAUGCCUAAUUGGCUAAAGUGGGGAUUUUGGCUUUCUCCAUUGUCAUAUGGUGAAAUAGGCUUAACUGGAAAUGAGUUUUUGGCACAAAGAUGGUUGGAGAUCAAGAUAUCUGGUGUAGCACUUGGAAGGAGGAUCCUAAUGGAUCAAGGGCUAGACUUCUCCAGCUAUUUUUACUGGAUCUCAAUUGGAGCAUUGCUUGGGUUUACUUUGUUGUUCAAUGUAGGCUUCGCCAUAGGCUUGACCAUUAAAAAGGUUCCAGGAACUUCUCGAGCUAUUAUCUCUCGCAAUAAGCUUACCAGAUUUGAUGGAGGAGACCAAGAUAACAACAUGGAAAAUAUGAUGCCUAAGUUACAAGCAGAGACUGUUUUGUCACCAAAUAGGACCGGGAGGAUGGUAUUGCCUUUCAUGCCCCUUAUAAUAUCAUUCCAGGAUGUCAACUACUAUGUAGACACCCCUGCGGAAAUGAGGGAGCAUGGUUACAUGGAAAAGAAACUACAGCUACUCCACAAUAUCACAGGAGCGUUCCAGCCAGGGGUUCUCUCGGCACUCAUGGGGGUUACUGGAGCGGGAAAAACAACACUCCUUGAUGUUCUUUCUGGAAGGAAAACUGGUGGUGUUAUUGAAGGGGAUGUAAGAAUAGGAGGCUAUCCUAAAAUUCAGCAGACUUUUGCUAGGAUAUCAGGCUACUGUGAACAAACUGAUGUCCAUUCCCCACAGAUCACAGUGGGUGAAUCGGUUGCAUAUUCAGCCUGGUUGCGCCUUCCACCAGAAGUUGAUGCAAAAGCAAGAAAUGAUUUUGUGAACGAAGUUCUUGAAACAAUUGAGUUGAACGAAAUUAGAGAUUCUUUGGUCGGAAUACCAUGGGUAAAUGGACUAUCAACAGAGCAAAGGAAACGGCUCACGAUUGCAGUCGAGCUCGUGUCUAACCCCUCAAUCAUAUUUAUGGACGAGCCAACAUCAGGCUUGGAUGCAAGGGCAGCUGCUAUUGUCAUGUGUGCAGUGAAGAAUGUUGCAGACACAGGUCAAACGGUUGUGUGCACCAUUCACCAACCAAGUAUCGAUAUAUUUGAGGCAUUUGAUGAGUUGAUGCUGAUGAAAAGGGGUGGAGAGUUGAUCUAUGCUGGGCCAGUUGGACACCAUUCAUGUGAAGUUAUCCAGUAUUUCCAGGCAAUACCUGGGGUUCCCAGGAUCAAGGACAAGUACAACCCAUCAACAUGGAUGCUAGAAGUUACUUCUACAUCUAUGGAACUUCAACUGGGAGUAGAUUUUGCACAAAUGUACAGGGAAUCAUCAAUGUGCAAGGACAAGGACAUGCUGGUGAAGCGCUUGAGCAUACCAGUUCCUGGUACAAGUGACCUCCAUUUCCCAACCCAGUUUCCGCAGAAGUUUCGGGAGCAAUUCAAAGCUUGCUUCUGGAAGCAGUGUUUGUCGUAUUGGAGAACUCCUUCUUACAACCUGGUGCGGAUGGUAUUCAUAACAGUGGCCUGCAUUUUCUUUGGUGUGUUAUUCUGGCAGAAAGGCAACUUCAACCGCAUAAACGACCAGCAAGGUCUCAUCACCAUAUUGGGGUGCAUGUAUGGAACCACUCUGUUCAGUGGCAUCAACAACUGCCAAUCAGUGAUGCCUUUUGUCUCCAUUGAACGCUCCGUCGUGUACAGGGAGAGGUUCGCAGGGAUGUACUCUCCUUGGGCCUACUCCUUUGCGCAGGUUGCCAUGGAGAUACCUUAUGUGCUGGUGCAGGUAGUGAUCUUCAUGUUGAUAGCAUAUCCGAUGAUAGGGUACGAGUGGACAGCAGCAAAGUUCUUUUGGUUCAUGUACACCAUGUUGUGCACGCUGUUCUACUUCCUCUACCUGGGAAUGAUGAUUGUGUCGCUCACCCCCAACAUCCAAGUCGCAUCCAUACUUGCAUCCAUGUUCUACACCCUACAGAACCUCAUGUCCGGCUUCAUCGUGCCUGCGCCUCAAAUACCAAAAUGGUGGAUAUGGCUCUACUACAUCUCCCCAAUGUCAUGGACGCUCAAUGUCUUCUUCACCACGCAGUUUGGAGAUCACGAUGACAUGAUGAUCGAUGUAUUUGGAGAGACCAAAUCCGUCGCAGCAUUUAUGAGGGACUACUUUGGUUUUCGCCGUGACCUACUGCCACUGGCAGCAGUGGCCCUGGCAGCAUUCCCUGUCCUCUUUGCCGUCCUCUUUGGUUACAACAUCUCAAAGCUCAACUUUCAAAGGCGAUAG